GGCCUCUCUCGUCUACAAGACCUGAUCUCCUCGUUGGAGCUGCGAGAAUCCAAGAAUGGCUACAUGUACUACGAGAGCGCCAAGCUGAUCUCCCGAUUGGCAUUUCGAAAUCACAACAUUCUCCUGCAUUCCUUCUCACUGGUGGAGCGCGCCGUCUUCCUCGACCCAACCAACGUCGAGUACGUCUGCGAGCUGGCGUCGCAAUGUUUGCUUCUCAAACGAUUUCAGGACGCUCAGCGGCACUACCGCAACGCUUCGAAGCUCAACUCGACCAGCUCUAAGCCGAUGACGGGCCUGCUGAAGGCGCAGCUAAUGGAGUACGAGGCAAAGGAGGCAGAGGCGAAGGACGCCGCCGCUGCGGCCGCCGCUCGCUCCGCCAUGGAGAAAAUCUUCACCGAGAUCGAUAAUCUCGAGGAGUUUAACCGCUCCGCCGGACUGAGCCAGGAUCUACUUUAUCUUUGCGCCAAAGCGUACUACCGCCGAAAGAUGUCCUACUCGGCGAUUGAGAAGUACUUGGAGCAGUUUCUCAGUGCACUGAAGAGUAAGAUUACCGUAAUCACCUUCUCCAUCGACUUCUACACCAAUCUGGACGUGAAGCAGCUCGUCGACAUGAUCGAGAUCUGCCUCUCGCUGGGACCCAAUGAGCCGCUGGUCACCGGGCAGCAGGUGCCGGCGAUGCUGCACUAUGCCAUCGAGUUCACCGCCCUCCUCAGCAACGCCUUCCCCAACCACAAGGAGGUCUGCUACUUUACGGCCCUGGUCAAGUACCUGCACUGUGAGAUCCAGUCGGCCCUCAACCUCAUCAACCGCUGUCUGGCGCACGACCCCGACUUCAUCAACGCGCACAUUCUCAUGGCGAAGAUCNGAGCCGCUGGUCACCGGGCAGCAGGUGCCGGCGAUGCUGCACUAUGCCAUCGAGUUCACCGCCCUCCUCAGCAACGCCUUCCCCAACCACAAGGAGGUCUGCUACUUUACGGCCCUGGUCAAUCUGCCCUCAACCUCAUCAACCGCUGUCUGGCGCACGACCCCAACUUCAUCAACGCGCACAUUCUCAUGGCGAAGAUUUCCAUCUUUGAUCGCAAUUUCAAGACGGCUCACAAGUGUCUGGAGANUUCCAUCUUUGAUCGCAACUUCAAGACGGCUCACAAGUGUCUGGAGAAUGCACUCUCGCUUGACUUUCAGAUUCGCGAGAACAUGUCGUACAUUCUCGCCAAGGCGGCCAUUUUAAAGUUUGAGAAGAAGUACGACGAGGCGCUGGCGCUGCUGGAGACUGCUCUUCCGCAACUGGAGCAAAAGGGGCACUUUAAAUUGAACGACAAAAUAUCGCUGCACUUGCAAAUCAUCGACAUCUACCUGGUGCUGAAGCGAAUGGAUNCGCUGCACUUGCAGAUCAUCGACAUCUACCUGGUGCUGAAGCGAAUGGACGAGGCGAACGGGAUGAUCAAGGCGCUGAUGAGCGAGUUCAGCGAGCCCGCCGACCGCGGCCGAGUGCUGAUCAGCUCGGCGCAGUUCUACUGCUCCUCAGGCGACUACGACACUGCCCUGCAGACGCUGCGCAACCUCACCCUCGACUACGGCGCCGAUCACUUCAUUCGCUCGCGGCAGAUGAUGGCCGCCAUCUACCUGAGCAAGUUUAAGGACCGCAAGCGCUUCACCGCCUGCUACCGACUGAUGCGCCGCUUACCAGUUGAGCAUCCGGAUCUGCUCGAUGAGCACCGAAAGUUUUCGAUUAAUUUAUGCAAACAACUGGCCGACAUGUUGAGCAGCUUUGCCCGGGACGAUCGACAGGCGCUGCAAGUGUACAAGGACACGCUGGCGUACGACGACAAGAACACCGAG